AAACGCCAAACCCAGAUACACACAAUCUGUCCAAAACCACAAAGGGGGGCCUCGACACAGCGCCAACCAUCUCACGAUCUCCUAAAAACCAUCAGCUCCAAUGUUCUAAUAUUAGCACCCUCUCUCCGUCUAUAACUGUUUGCUCCUUCCCUUAUUGAAAAAGCGCCGAGCUUUCUUCCCCAACUGCCCCCACAACAACUCAUUCCCAAACAAGAGCCCCCUUGCGCGUGAGUGACCAUGGGAGGUUGUGCGAGCAAACCCAAGGAGGUCGACGGAGUCCUCCCCGUGGAGGCUCCCGCCACCGAGACCGUCCCUCAGGAAAACGGCAAUGGAGAGGAGACUCAGAAGGAAGCCCCACUGGUGGAUCUUUCCGAGCCCGAGCCCGACGAGACCGCGGAGGCUAAGAGUGCCGAGCCUGAAACCGUCACCGGGGAGCUCGGCACUUUGGCCUCGGAAUCACCUGUCGAGCCAACAGAGACCAAGUUCGAAGCAGCUGAGGUCGCGACAACCGAAGAGGGGAAGGAAGCCGCGGAAGCGAAGAGCUCCUGAGGUGAACGCCAUGAUGCUCCACUUGUUAUAACAAGAUUUAAUUUGAAAUUGAAUUUGUUUCCUGCGUAUCGAUCAAAAAGAAAAAAACCGAAUUGUGCUAGACGUUUUGAUAUCCAAAUAAUCUAUUUCUUCUAUA